CUUUAUUUUACCUUAGGUAAGGAACAGUAUCUACAAUCUUGCAUUACAAUAUGGGAUCGAUCUACUUAUAUGCGUGCCCUUCUACGGAGAUCACGCUAAUCAUACGGCCGAAACAUUAUAGUUGCCAUGUUAUCAGAGCGACAACACCGCCGACGUCGAAGGCCGGCUUUAUCAUGCCUCGAGUGCCGGCGCCGCAAGAUUAAGUGCAACCGGAAUGAGCCAUGCACACAUUGUGUCUCUGCUAAGUUAAAAUGUAUCUAUAAGGUCUAUAACGAUGAACCCGUUAACCAACUACCGCUGAGACCUGGUAUCUCGCCGGCAGAGACGUCAAGCCCGUCAAGCCAUGGACCUUCACCCUCGGUAACCCAGGCUCAGGAGCUUGGCACCAAUAGGCCAACCACGGAACAUAAUACCAGUGGCUCCGGUCCUCGGGUAACACCAUCACCGAUAGGGGCUACAGCGGGAUCGUCAUCCAUAGGAGGACGGAAUGAUAGAUCAGAGCCGAUUAUUCUCGGCCUUGACCCUAGCAACCUUCAACCACAUGUAUCCGCUCCGGAAGCCGAACCAGGUCUAGUAGGUAUCCUUCAACGGGGACAGAACACCCCUGCCAAGUCUUCGGUAUCUAGCCCCAUGAACGGACUAUCUGAAAAUGGACGGGACAUACUCGCGCGCCAGCUAGGGCUGCAACACUCACAGAUAAUUCUUAAUAAAACAAGAAUCUUAGGGUGGAGUCUUAGGAUAGGUACAGCUCCGGAGUUUGCACCUCUAAUUGCCUGCUAUGUUGCGGCUGCCAAUACCGCCAAGGGAGCCUUUCCUCAAGAUACUGAAAAGGGAGCCCUGUAUGCCCAGAUAUGGACUCUUCUCCAGAAAUGUAAAAACAUGGCGAGAAGUAUCAAGCUGGGAAGGCCUAGCAGAUGGCUCUCGUAUCCCGAUUUCGAUCUUGUACCUCCCGAGAGGGAGAUAGCGGAUGCUAUGGCAACUUCAUAUUUCCAAUUAUUCGAAUCGACGUACAGAAUAAUUCAUGCCCCUACUUUUUGGUCCGAAUAUCAGAAACUUUGGGACUGUCCGGAAAGUGUUACGACUAGCCUACGCAUUAAGAUCCUCCUUGUAAUUGGGAUAGGAUCGAGCUUAUCUAACCAUAGAGACAGCGAUCUCGGGUUUCGUAAUAUGAUUCCCCAAUGGGUGUAUGCUGCCCAGACGUGGCUCUCUGGGCCGCUGGAAAAAGACCGUUUGGAUAUUACUGGUAUCCAAAUUUACUGCUUAACUUUUCUAGCACGACAGAUAUUCUCUAUUGGUGGUGAUCUGGUCUGGGUGUCAUCGGGAUCGCUUAUGCAUAUGGCAAUGCAAAUAGGUUUACACCGCGACCCCAAGCAUCUCCCAAGAAUGUCCAUCCUGCAAGCCGAACUCCGCAGAAGACUAUGGGCCACUAUACUUGAGAUAGUUGUGCAAUCAUCUUUGGACUCUGCAAUGCCACCUAGAAUAUCUUUUGAUGAUUUCGACACUGAGGCGCCAUCAAAUAACAACGAUGAUGAGAUAGAUGAGACGACCACGACUCUCCAGUCACACCCAAAGAACGACUGUACCUCAACAUCACUACAACUUAUCCUACUUGACUUAGUACCUAUACGCCUUCGGAUUCUACAGCUUCUAAACGGCUUGCAUUCCGAACUUGCUUACAUGGAUGCUCUUUCUCUAAGUUCAGAACUUACCAACAAAUAUCGCUCGUAUAGUAGCUUCAUAAGAGAUAAUGAGAAGGCAGGUGUGACAGCAUUCCAUCGAAACCUGCUUGAUCAUCUGGUGCGGCGAUUCUUAAUCCCCCUUCAUUCCCCUUUUGCCAGCGAAGCCCGAGCGAAUCCACUAUUUUAUUAUUCACUCAAAGUUACACUAGACUCAGCUAUGACCCUUAUUUCCCCUGAGCCCGACGAGGGGUUUUCUCGUCUUAUGGCUAUUGGCGGGGGUAUGUUUAGAGAAGGAUUCAGGUACGCAAUGGGUGUCAUUACUCGCGAGCUUGUCUGCCAAGUUGAGGCACGACGUGCCGACGGGAUACGCCGAUGUAAUUCUCAGGAUGUUGAAAAUCUGAAGAAAGCUGUAAAAGAUAUGAUCUCGUUAUCGUUAGAACGGGUUCGGCAAGGGGAGACCAAUGUUAAGGGGCCCAUGUUCCUAAGCAUGAUCAUGGCCCAGAUAGAAGCGACAGAGGAAGGAGUCCCAUGCGACCUCAGGAUUGCACAGAGUGCGAAAGACAGCCUUGAACUAUGCGCUAGUUUGAUAGAAGAACAAGCGGGCAGUAUUCCUUCGCCACGUCCCAGCAAUACUGGCCUGACGCCAAGUAGUCUAGACGGUGGGUAUGGGAUGGAUUUCGAUUUCGACUUGGAGUUUUUGAUGACUGAUUCGGGCUUUGCUUGAAAACUUCGGCUUACCGAAAUAUAUAUCGUAUAAUCACCCUCUUGUAACAUCAUUCAUGGCGUACUUGGUUCUUUAACACGCCUAACCUUUUCUUGCAUUUGGCCGGUUUAGAUUCUCUCUUCACUUCUCCUGUAUGAGAUUAAGUAUGGAGGCCUAUGCAUUAGUUCGCUUGUAUUUUACAUAAAAUCGAUAUUGGCUUAUAAUGGAGUCCUCGUGCGGAAUCGGGGAGGAAAUGGGCCUAGUAACGGCCCAGGAGGCAUUGGCGCAGGAGGAAACACGGGACGUGAGGGAAAAUGGAUUACAAUUCCCCAAGUU